AUGGAGAGGCUUGAUUGCACGGAACGAAAGCUGCUUAGACGACUGCUUGGCUACUUUUGGCCUAGAGUAUGCCACAAUGAAGAUCUUUUCGCAGAAAUUGAUGUGGUAUACCGGCGGAUGACACGUGGAAGAUAUCAACAUUUUGCACCACCAUCGAAAGUGGCUAAAAAGAAGCCACCUGGCCGAAAAUGGAAGUUCUGGACUGAGAUGGUGAAAGACGACCUGAGGACACUCGGCGUGGAUAGGCAGUUCAGGCGAGACGUAGGGUUUCGCAGAAUAAGGAAUAGCGACGAAUGGUUUGAUUCUGUGCAGGCUGUCGCAGAAGAUCGAGAAGGUUGGGCAGAGCUACGUUCAAGGACGGCACACUUUGGCGAAGAUGCGGGUAAUCGCGUCAGGCAAUGA